AUGAUAAUUACUAGGCGGAUUGAUCAAAUUGGAACAAGUACUAUUGUUACUCUGUUAUUUUUAAUUAACUCAGAGGCAUUUUGGAGAGAAGAUAAUUUACCAUGUAAAAAUCUUGGCAAUUUUUGUCGUAAAUUACCUUUUGGUCAAAGAUGCUGUGAUGCAUCCGUAUGCGAUCUGAGAGCACCAUUUUCUGGCACAUGUGUACGAUGUCUUCAGAAAGGCAGAUUCUGUUUACGUAGUCGUGAAUGCUGUGAAAAUUACUGUUUUUUCUUUAAAUGUCGUUAA